AAAAUUUACAAAAACACAAACGGUGUAUUUAGUCACGGUGUAUAUCAUUAUAUUAACACAACUAUUCCAAAGCUAGUUUUGUUUUAUUAUAUAUGAAAUGUUUAGCAAUCAGUAAUGGCACAAUCACCCAUGAAUAGUAAAAAAAUCAUCACGUGUCCAGAACAUCAAUCGGAAAAAGCAAGAUUCUUCUGUGAAGAUGAUCAUGUGAUGAUAUGCGAUGACUGUAUCAUUGGAAGUCACUGCGGUCAUAAGAAAAUCAAACUUAAAGAUUAUCUCAGCAACAAAAGGCAACAUUUGAUACACAAUGCAAAAGAAAUUAGAGAUAACAAACUUCCUAACAUACAGGAUGCAUUGGAGAAGACACUGAAAGGAAAAACAGAUUUUAAUAAUUCUGUCGAUAAACAACUUGAGAGGGUAAAACUUAGACGAGAAAUGGUAAAGAAAGUUUUAGACGAAUUACAAGAUGAUUUGGUCCAAAAUUUUGAAUCUGCUAGAAAUGCAGCGAACGAGGAGUUUGACAAAUUUUCUUCUAAGCAGGAAUUAAGAAUAAAUUUAAUCCAAGAAACUAUACAUACUGUGGAAUCCAGAAGUUCGGACAUGUUGGAUGCAGAGGUAGUGUCCUACGAUGAAAAGCUAUCAUCAAGCCUGACAGAUGAUCCUUACUGGGACGUAGCACCGAUGAUUCAACCACCAAGACAUCAGUGCCAAGAUGAUUUAGUACAAAAAGGUAAAUUGCAGACUAUCCUUGGCUACAUGGAAUCAGGGACUUAUGCUGAAGUUGCUGAAGUUUGGCAAAGCGUGGAUGAAGAUACACAAGAGGAAAACGGAAGUAAUUCUUGUCCAGGAUCAAUUAUAGUUGAAGAUAAGAGAGAUUUUGUGGCUGUUAAAACGUUUAAACGUACUGCUAAAGUCGCCCAUAUUGUACCAAAGCAUAGUCUACAAGCAUGGCUUAUUGACAGCGAUAUCGAAGAAGUAGACUGUAGCACGGGAAUGUUAAAAACAAAAAUAAUAAAGACUAUUGAAGAGAAACCACAGUGUGCCGCCCUUAAUAAUACAAACGAGCUUAUCAUUGGGAUGUGGAAUAAGAAGUCACUCAAGCAGCUGAAAUACGGUGGAUCAUUCGGAUUCAGUUUCUUCUCUAGAAAUAGAAAUUAUACCCUUGGAAUUUAUAAGAACACUGCACCUCUUCAAGCUGUGUGUUUAUGUACCUGUAAAUCCACGUCCGUUGAUGGUGACAUUACAGUAUGCCUUGUCAAUAAACCAGCCUAUGACCAAUAUUCAGUUAAAAAUUUGAUUAUUCGACGAUAUGCAAAGGACAAAACACAGCUUCAAAGUGAUCUUGUUUUAUCGGAAGAUAAAAUUGAUAUUGAAGCGCCAUCUUAUAUUUCCGAAAACACGAAAGGGGAUUUAUGUAUAGUAAGUUGUCCGGAAGGAAAGGCUUCAUGGAUUACCAUUACGGAUGAAACUGGGAUCAUGAAAUUUAGAUAUCCAGAGGCCGAUCUGAGGGUUGUAGACCGAAUUGAUUAUGAUUUUAUAGGUGCAGGAUUUCUAUCUGACGGAACAAUUACAGUGUUAGAUAGAAUAGGUUUUAGACAACAUCUAGUCGACAAAGUAGGCGUGUUACUUCAAAUAGACACGCAUGAGAGUCAGCCUGCAUGUCUGGCUAUUGCUCCUAACGAUCAUAUCUGGAUCGGUUUUGAAGAUGGACAUGUUAAAAUAUUUACAUACAGAAAUGAAUAUUCUGAGAUUUUAUUAAGAGCUUUAAGCAUGAAGAAAACAAUUAAGAAUCAAAGAAAGGAAGAAAAUUGUGCAUGUUAACACUUUGAUCAUAACUGCAAUCUAAAAUUCUGGGAGAUGGAUAGCCUAAUUAUGUUAACCUUUCGUUAUCUAAGUUCUUCGAAGGAUGCAUAAAAAUGCACACAAAUGUG